AGUCUGGGGUUAAUGUUAGUGAGGUUGAACAUGUGUCAGAUUGGCGGCGAAUUGGAGACGCAGCUGCCUUCGAGGCCUUUAGAUUCACUGCCACCCAGACUGCCAAAGUUGGAGCCAAGAUCUUCAAAUAGUUCGUCAACACCCUCCGACUCGACCGACUCGCUUUGUUCUGUUCAUGUAGACCUCCCCAAUCGUGAUGACUCCAUUGGGGUGAACGAACCGACAUCUUCAUCAACAUCCAAGUCGUCGAAAAAUCCGAUACAUCGCAUCAAUGCUCCAGGGAGCGUGCAGGCUCUUGUUGUCGACGAUGAUGUGCUUUUCGUCGGUGUCCAGGGAGGCAGCAUUACUGCAUGGUCUCUGGAAACCUACGAAUUACUUGCUACCGUGCCAGCCCACAAAGAGAGUGUUUUGAGCCUGGCUCUUUCCGAAGACAGAUCUCUACUGUUCUCUACUGGUGCAGAUUCGAUCGUCAAUGUUUGGUCCACCGAUACCCUUCAGAGAGUGUACUCGCUAUACUCACCUUUCGAGAUUGGCGAUAUCUUUGGCGUGGUCCAUUCAAUCAAGAAGCAGACCUUGUUUUGGGGGGCUCAAAACGCCAGCAUCCAAUGGCAAAAAAUCAGUACCGAUGCCAAUAUCACCUCACCAAACCUGCCUUUUGCACCUGGAUCUCGGAAGCAUCGUUUCUUCGAUUCAUUAGGGCCUGGAGGAGCAGCCAACGUCAUCGCAGACGAAGAUGGCACAUCUUUGACAUUGAGCAGUCAGGGUGGCCGGGUCUUGACCGCUCCAAGCCGAAACUAUCUGCCAUACGCCCACAAGAGCUACAUUUACUGCAUACUUCUAGGCAAAGGCUUAUUCAACCAUGAUAAAGACGACGAAGUCCUCAUUACUGCUAGUGGAGACGGAGCUAUCAAGCUGUGGUCGAUUGACGCGUUGCCUUCAGAGGGGCUCGUCCUGCUUACCAAGUUUAAGAAUACCGGCUCAAAUGUGUUGAGCCUCUCCUUCCGAGGAUCUUUCCUCUACGCCGGCCUUUCCGAUGGUACAGCCAACAUCUACAAUCUGGCUUCGAACCAGCUCGUUCAACGGCUCAGCAUUGGCCACGGAGACGUGACUCAAAUACUAGUCAACACUGACAGCAUCUUUUGCGGGACAAGUCAAGGGCGGCUAAAGCGCUACAACGACCACUUCACAGAAACGGAGUGCUGGCAGGCUGCCAACGGAAAAAUCUUGGCGAUGAGCCAAACUACUACUCCCGGCCAUGACAUAUUGAUCACUGGAGGCAACGACCGUCUGAUCUCGUUCUGGGAUGCCGAUGCCCAUUCUCAUACCUCCAUAGCAUCUUCUGUCCGGAGUAAUGAUGAGCUCGUCAACGCUCUCCGGGAGUUCGUGAGCUACCGCACUGUCGCAUUGAAUCAUUCCUGUGUCCGCGAUUGUCACGAUGCUGUCACGUUUCUACGCAAACAGUGCAACGCCUUCGGUGCCACCACCGAUCUUGUAUCAGCUCAAGAAGGUAUCAAUCCGAUCCUGUUGGCCAAAUUCCCCGCCUCCAAUCCUUCUAAAUCCACGAAGACCGUCUUGUUUUACGGGCACUAUGAUGUCGUCGAUGCCGAAACCGAUUCUUCCGGUGCAAAUCCGACUUGGCAGGGUGAUCCGUUCAGUCUUCAACCGUUGAAUGGAUACCUUUACGGUCGUGGGGUGACAGACAACAAAGGUCCCAUUUUGGCUGCGAUCUAUGCUGUCGCUGACCUUGUACAGCAGAAGACACUAUCCUGCAAUGUGACGUUCCUUCUCGAAGGCGACGAAGAAGCAGGCUCUCGUGGCUUCCGUCAAGCAGUACAAGCUAUGCAUGAUUCGAUCGGACAUGUCGACUUUAUCCUCCUUUCCAACAGCUACUGGCUGGAUGACCACAUUCCUUGCCUGACGUUUGGAAUGAGAGGCGUCAUCCAUGCCAGUGUUACCGUCUCUUCUAACAGGCCAGACCUUCAUUCCGGUAUGGACGGAAAGUCGGUGCAGCAUGAACCGCUCAAAGACCUCACUAUCCUUCUCGCAUCACUCAUCGGACCAACCGGGACCAAAGUCAGCAUACCAGAGUUCUACGAUAGCGUUGACGACCUUUCCGAAAACGAAAUGAAAUCAUAUGCUGAUAUCACUUCGGCGCUGCUGCCCGGUCACCCUGAGAUCAAAAACGAAAAAGCAUUCGCCCUCUCCCUUAUGCAACGCUGGCGCUUUCCCAACCUCACAGUCCACCGAAUCGAAGUACCCGAGGCUAAGACAGCCGUCACUAUUAGUGGUUCUGCGAAAGCCAUGCUAUCUAUUCGAAUUGUGCCGUCACAAACUGCGGAGCAGAUAGCAAAGAGUCUGACCACUUAUCUACAGGAUCAAUUCACGAAACUGCAGAGCUCCAACACCCUCAACGUAGCCAUCACCUCCAAAGCAGACCCUUGGCUUGGCAACAUCAAGAGCGACAUGUAUAGUGCCCUAAAAGAGGCCGUCGUUGACGUCUGGAAUCCGAACACCCACUCAUCGCAUCGGUUUUCGCCAGAUACCGCAGCCACAUCCGCCAUUACUGACGCGGCUUCGACUAAUGCUCCCUCUCCUUCAGCUUCUACGACCGCCAAACGCUCGUCCCACCGUCGAGCCUCGUCGCUGGCGAGCGCUGGCACAUUCACCUCGACAAAUCUGCCCCGGGAACCGAUCUUUAUCCGCGAAGGCGGUUCGAUUCCCGCCAUCAGUUUUCUGGAACACGAAUUCCAUGCUCCCGCCGCCAUGUUUCCAAUGGGUCAAGCGAGCGAUAAUGCGCACUUGGACAAUGAGCGGAUUCGGGUCGAAAAUCUGUGGAAGGGCAGGGACGUGCUCAAGCGAGUCUUUUCAAGAUUAUAGAAUGACCAAGUAGCUACAUGAAUGGCUGGGAAAAUCGCGAGGAUCGAGUUCAAGCGUCGCUCAUGCGCACACUGGUCUUGAACGAUGACUGCUUGAGCAUUCGAGAAUACAUUCUGGUGGAUCUGGCGUGAUAAGACUGUAGACACUGAUCAUGGAGAAUGGGUACCUGUGUAAUAUCAUGGACGAGGAAAAAUUCAAGAAAAGACAAAACACAGCUAGAAAAGAGUCAUAAACGAAAAGUGUGACAGUG